AUGGAGCCCGACGACGAUCCCCACCGCCAUGAAGCCAAGAGGCAGCGGUUAGAUGAAGCUCCAAGCUCCCACACCAGUUCAUUCGUUAGAAGAGCUGAAGAGCCUGGUAAUUUGAGUCCAGCGACAUAUGAGCAUGCCCCCUCACUGUUCACAGGCGAACUGCCCGUCUCUACAGGAGUAUUGUCCACAUGGCCACCCACAUGGCUGCCAGUUCAAUAUCCCAUCAGUGUCGGUUUUGGAUACCAACCCAUCUUCCCAAUAGCUCCCAACUUUCACGCACAACAAAAUUACUGGACAAGUCAACCCCGUGAGACGCUCGGCCUCCAUGGAGUAGGUUCAUACGACAUGCAGUUUGCUGCCAAUGCAUAUCCAUGCGGGUUCCCGAAUUCUGUCCCUUGGGCUAACCCACUAUCACGAGUCCCUAUGGGCUCUCUUGCGUUGUCGAAUAUUCAUCAGGCCCACGGACAAUUGCUCCAGGCUGAGCCUCUCGGGUUGAUUCAGCCGCCUGGUGAACUAUAUCCCACAAGCUCGUAUCAGGCAGCCAUCAUCUCGGAACAGUCUUCGGAGUCUCCUUCUACAGGCACUUGCAUAGAUAUUGUACAAGAGCCUGAUGAAGUUGAAGAACCGCAAUCCAACACAGACCAAGAGAUGCUAGUUUGCUUUGGCAUGAUCUCGGGCAUAUCAUCUUGCCUUCAGGAUAUCACAGAAGGACCAGAGUUGCUGGACAUGUUGAGCAGCAAUGUCGACCUGGAGGAGACUCCGCAACCAAAGGCAAUACGCGCAAUUCUUCAAAGUCACCAGAAGAAAGCAUUGACAUUCCUACUUCGCCGUGAGAAAGGUUGGGCUUUCGAUGAUCAUCAGUCAGAUAUUUGGGGAAAAGCAGACACGCACCAGGGACAAUUUUUUGUCAACAGAGUUUCUAAUACUCACCAGCCUGAAGAACCUCCGCAGUUUUAUGGAGGCAUCAUCGCCGACCCAAUGGGUCUCGGAAAGACAUUGACUAUGAUCUCUUUAGCAGCAACAGACUUAGACAGCGACGUGAACAACGGCGUUCACAUGGAUAUUGAUGAAGAGCAAGAUGAUGCUGUCACGACUACUCUCAUAAUUGUACCUCCGCCACUUCUUGGCACCUGGGAAGAACAGCUAGCAGAGCACGUCGUAGAAGGCAGCAUGGUAUGGCGUUGCCACCAUGGCAAAAGCAGGUUUGUCGACAAGAGCGAGCUCGACGGCGUAAACGUGGUUUUGACCACAUAUUACACCGUUUCUGCAGAGUGGAGGACUGGAAAUUCCAUCCUGUUCUCAGUUCGCUGGAGAAGAAUCGUUUUAGAUGAAGCACAUUAUAUCCGAAAUGGGACCUCGAGGAUGGCUCACUCAAUAUGUGCACUUGAAUCCGUCGCCCGGUGGGCCGUCACUGGUACACCGAUCCAGAACCGCCUGGCUGAUCUUUCGACUCUCCUCAGAUUCAUCAGGGCUCAUCCUUAUACCGAUCCAAAGGCAUUCGAUACUGAUAUAUCUCGCUUCUGGAAGUCUGGAAAAGACGAAGAAGCGGUAAGGCGACUAAAGCACCUUUCAACGAGUCUUCUGCUUCGUAGGCCCAAAGCCACGAUUCAUCUUCCCCAACGACGGGAUAUGCGAUGCCCUGUUGACUUUAGCCGUGAAGAAAGAGCAUUGUAUGACGAGAUCCGUGAGCAAGCAGUCAGCAAAAUCGAGGAGGUGCUCCAAAAUAGCUCGGAGGUGUCGCGAACGGGCGGCUAUGCCAACGUUCUUCAGCGGGUUGAAUCACUGCGACUCAUAUGUGACUUGGGCCUCUAUUAUCACUCAAGGCACCAAAACCUCCAGCACUUGAUGGCAGAAGCCACUGACUGGGCCAGUGUUGCGCAGGAGACGUUUAAUGUCCAACGAGGGAUGGGUCCAAUGGUCUGCGCGCAAUGCUCAUCAACUCUAGAGCUGACCGAGACGAUAAAGAACCUCUCCACUGGAAUUCCAUCCAAGGUGAAAGCUCUGAUUACUGAUAUCAGGUCACUCCCUCCAGACACUAAAUGCGUUGUAUUUUCGACGUGGAGGUUAACUCUUGACGUUAUCAAAGCUGGCCUAGAUCAAGCGUCGAUUUCCAGUAUCCGCUUCGACGGCAAGUGGGGCAAGUGGCUCUUUGACCGAAUUCUUCUCUCGUGGCUAACGUUUCCCAGUCUCACGCUUACUGUAGCAUCGCGGGCAUAUUUGAUGGAGCCGCACUGGAAUCCAACUCUCGAAGAGCAAGCUCUAGCGCGAAUUCACCGAAUCGGCCAGACGCAAGAAGUGACGACCGUGCGCUUUUAUAUGCGGGAUUCCUUCGAAGAGCAAGUCGCGGAACUGCAAGAGUCAAAGAAGAAUCUUGCGGGAGUCCUACUCUCUCCACAUGAUGGCGGGCGCAUGGACGACAGUUUGGGGACGCUGCAGACCAUCGUCGGCAUUAUGUCACCAGAGCCACGCUCUCUCCACUAUAUCGGCGAGCUUUGGGCAGCUCCAGAUGCCGCAGAUGCCGCUAUCCGACCGGUGUCAGGAUACAUAGCUAUCGAUAGCGGCGACGACGGACGAACCGGUGGAUAUGGCUUUCUGUGGGAAUUGGCGGUAUCAAGCCGGCAGCCGGGCGGCUCGUAA